UUCACUUAGGUUAACCUCCAUUUUAGAAAAUUUCUUCCAUGUAGAGUUCAAUGGAAGAUAACUCACUCGAAUGCAUUAUUUUGCUCGCGAAUUAUGAAAUGAUCGCGUGAUUGUAGUUGCUGCUUUUGUUUUUAUUUACCUAUUUUUUUUUAGCGAGGUGUUGAAGUGUUGCUUUUAACACGAAGGAAUCUGAUUUCCUAAUUCGUUUUUUUUUAGUGGUGUAUUUUUAUCGACGAGUGUAUUUUCAAAAUUGAAUGUGAUAGUAUUGGUUGAUUUUUUUGUAUUUCAGUAUUCCAGUAGUGAGGAGUAGGAAGCGAUACUCUAAAAUGAACGUAGGCCAAUAAGCAAUGGCUAACUCUGCUCACUUAGUGCGUAGACAAAGUUCUAGAGAUCUGAACCCUCAAAGAUCAUUAGACCGCUUAGAGCUAAAAGACAUGAAGAACCGCCUCCUCUUAGAAAACGGCGGGUACUCCAAAAAUACUUACGGUACUACAAGCAAUACGAAAUUCGAAGAAGAAAAGCCAGAAAGUGCAGUCCUGAAAUCAUCGAAUAGUGCGGUAUAUUUAGAUGCGAAAUCUGAAACUAAACCAAUUUUUCAUCCAGAAAAUGGCGACGCUGAAGAACGUGAAAGUUGGGAUAGCAAGUUGACAUUUUUAUUGGCGACAGUGGGGUAUGCUGUGGGUUUGGGAAAUGUUUGGAGAUUUCCUUAUUUGGCUCAGAAGAAUGGUGGAGGAGCGUUCCUCAUACCUUACUUCAUCAUGCUGGCAAUCGAAGGAAUUCCCAUUUUUUAUCUAGAACUAGCAGUUGGGCAACGUUUAAGAAAAGGCGCGAUAGGAGUAUGGAAUGAAGUAUCCCCUUAUCUGGGAGGUAUUGGGAUUAGCAGUGCUGUGGUAUCAUUCAACGUUGCGUUAUAUUACAACACGAUUAUCGCCUGGUGUUUGUUUUACUUCGUUCAGAGUUUCCAGUCAGAGCUGCCCUGGACCACGUGUCCGAAUAAGUUUCUUCCAAAUGGUUCAUAUAUCCCAGAACCAGAAUGUGUUAAAAGUACGCCGACUCAAUACUUCUGGUACAGAACAACGUUGAUGAUAUCUGAAGACAUUAAUACUCCUAAGGAUUUCAACUGGAAAAUCGCUGUGGCUUUGGUAGUGGCGUGGAUUUUGGUGUAUUUAUGCAUGAUCAAGGGCAUAGCUUCAUCUGGAAAGGUCGUAUAUGUGACUGCUACGUUUCCCUAUAUUGUGCUGGUGAUAUUUUUCUUUCGUGGAAUUACUCUGAAGGGGAUGUCAGAUGGAUUGUGGCAUCUUUUUACUCCAAAGUGGUACAUGUUGACCGAUCCUGUAGUUUGGUUGGAGGCCGGAACUCAGAUAUUUUUCAGUCUCGGUUUAGCUUUCGGCGGACUAAUAGCCUUUUCAUCGUACAACCCAGUAAACAAUAAUUGUUUUCGAGAUGCAAUUACGGUCUCAUUAACCAACUGUUUCACUUCCAUGUUCGCCGGAAUUGUAGUAUUUUCGAUCAUCGGUUUCAAAGCUCGGAUGACAUUCGAGGAUUGUUUAAAAGAACGAGACAGAUUGACGCUGGCGUCAAUGAGUAACCCACAUUUCCGAUACUUGAAUCAUUCGCAAGUACAGAAAGCAGGACAAGGACCGAUAGCGAUGCAUUACAAUUCGACAUUCUAUACCGAAAUUACAGUACCGGAAUGUGAUUUACAAAAAGAACUAGAUAACACUGCAUCUGGUACUGGAUUAGCGUUCAUUAUCUUCACCGAAGCGAUUAAUCAAUUUCCAGGAGCUCAGUUCUGGGCUGUGUUGUUUUUCUUGAUGUUAUUCACAUUAGGAAUCGAUUCGCAAUUCGGAACACUCGAAGGAGUAGUAACGUCCAUAGUAGAUAUGAAAUUAUUCCCGAAUUUACGAAAAGAAAUUCUAACAGGUGCUUUGUGUUCGUUUUGUUGCCUUAUUUCGAUGUGUUUCGCGCACGGAGCCGGCAGUUAUGUUUUCACUUUAUUUGACGAUUUCAGCGGUAACUUCCCAUUACUGAUUAUAGCAUUUUUCGAGUGCAUCGCCAUUUCAUACGUUUACGGUGUCAAAAAAUUCUCCGAUGACAUUGAACUGAUGAUUGGUAGUCGUCCGAGUUUAUAUUGGCAAAUAUGCUGGAAGUAUUUCUCUCCUUUGGCCAUGAUUCUAAUAUUGAUGGCGAGUUUCCUCGAGAUACUAGUCAAAGGCAGUGGAUACCCGGCUUGGAUACCAGAUAAAGGUGAAACACAGUUACGCGAGUGGCCCGGCUGGUCUAUAUUCCUCAUCCUGUUUUUGAUAUCCGUAUCUAUAAUAUGGAUCCCAGGGAUCGCUUUAUUAAGAUUCCUAGGUAUCAUCGUCGUGGAAGAAAAAGAAAAAGCUUGGUUCCCGGCCGACGAGCUGAAAGAAUAUUACGGAAUUGUGAAUCACGAAGUGAGCGCCACCGAAUCGAUGUUAUUUUGCAUUCGAAGUGAUGGAAGCGAAGGGUUAUGCUAUCCGACCCAAACCGAAACACAAUAUCAAGGCGUUGUUAAUGAUUUCGAAGAUGAUGAGCUGUAAAUCAACGACGAUUACCACCGUAGCCCACAUUAGCACUCGCGAAAUCGGAAAGAAAUAAACUCGUUCAAUCCUACUAAAAAAAAUUAUACCUUCGUGCCUUUUGUUUCAAUGCUUAUUAUUUCUCGUCCAUUAUAAGAUACUAAAUUGGUUACGCAAAAUUAUUCGCUUAGGUAUUAUAAUAAUCUGUAUAAGCAAAAAGCAAACCCACCCAACUGCUGAGAAAAGAUGUGAAUUGAUAAUGUGCGAUGUACCUUACCUACAUCUUUCCUUAGCUUAUGCGUUAUUUACUGUUUGCUAUUUUAAAAUGUUAGAAUUCAAAAUUGACCUGAUUUUGUGAUGUGUUUUUUUUUCUUUUCUCGAAUUGAAAAUAAUUACCUAUUUGAAUGUAUCGAGACUUGUUUCUGUAAGCUUUUCCCCAUUACGUUUCUUUUCAAUUUUACCUAUUUGAUGUUGUUUUAUUCCGCUGAUAAUAUUACAUUAUUACAUAAUGACGUUUGAAGGGCAAUAUCCCCUUUAAUUUUUUUUUUGAUAAUUCUUUUUCCAGUCAAUUUGUUAUUGCGUAUCGUCCUGUUGAUGUUGUUGUUAUUGGAUUUUAUUUUUGUUGUUAAGAUAACUUAACUUAAGCGUAUUAUUUUUUCAUAAGCUGCAAUAUUAUUCUACCUCAUAUCACCCAACAAUUUAUUCAUCAUCUGCGUAUAAAUAAACCCAACGUGAGCUACCGCGUUAUGAACAAAAUUUACGGGGGUAUGAUGGCUGUGACCUCAGAAAAAGCAUACACAAAAAUAACCCAACCGAAAAUUUUCAACUGAUUCAAUCAAGCACCUGUUUAAAUUUCGGAUUCGCCUUUGAAAAAAUUUUAAAACGAAGCAUACCUAUCUAUCGUAUACAUAUAAUUAAAAUUACACAUAUCGUACUUACGUGAAAAUUCUAACUUACAUAUCAGUGAAGAGAUUUUCAAACAAUAAUCAUAAUAUUAUAUCGUCGUAAACGAAUCAUAUCAAAAAAGUUGUACCUACCUACAUAAUUCUGUGCCAAUUACUACUCGUAUACAUUAUGAUGUACUCUAUUUUGAAAGCACUCGCCGACUGCGUGUCUGUCCAUUUUUAGUAACCGAUGACAAUAAUUUGUUGGAUAAGUAACUUUUGAAAUUAAUUGAAACCUUACUCUCGAGAGUAAGAGUGUUGUUAUACUUUUAAGAUUGUGAUUGUCUAUUUAGUUUUCUCAGUUGUGUUUGUAUUUUUUAAAAAUUUGUUAGUCGCAAAUACAUAUGUUAAAAUGUUCUUCAGUA